CCAAAUCUCUUCUUGAGAACAUAUUCUUAGCAUCUCUGUCAGGUCCUCAUUCCAGAUAAACGUAACUACCAAUCUAUUAUCGAGCACUCCUCCUACCGUGAGAACGAUCGGAAGUCAAAAGUCAUGUCCCAUGAGAAGCCCGCGCUCACCAUUCGACAAGCCCACUUCCCCAAGGACCUUCCCAUUGUCACAGCACUUCUCUCCGCCCACAUAUCCUCACCCGGCAUCGACCGCUCCUACCAUAACUACGAACAAGAGCUAUCGAACCUGCCAGGCAGAUACGCAGAAUCCAACGGCGGCGCACUGCUCCUGGCAUCCCAGGAAUCAAAUCCGGACAUUAUUAUCGGCUGUGCUUGUCUUCGCGCGUUUGCACCGCCUGAUAAAGGAGAGGUGAGAAGGUUCUACGUCUUACCCGAGAGUCGGCGGCUGGGAGCGGGACGGAAGUUGUUGGAGGGCAUUGUUGAGAAAGCGAGGAAACAUGGGUACAAAGAGCUGUAUUUGGAUACGCUGGAGACUAUGACUGCGGCUAGGGAGCUGUACAGCUCGUUUGGGUUUGAAGAGGUGGGAAAUUACUAUGGGAGUCCGUUGAUGGGGACUGUAUUUUACAGGCUGAGACUGGAUUGAACAAACCCUGGGACGUGGGUACCACGGUAGUACUCACACAUGAGCUUCCAGCCCCUAAAACACGCCCCGCUGCAUCAGCAGCCCGAUAAUCUGCAUAGGCAGUCAGCAUUGUGAAGGUGCGCGGUGAGCCAUAUCCGACGUAAGCAAGACUGCUCGAUUUAAAGAGUCACGGAUCGUAGGCACAGACCACUUGUAUGAGGACGGCACCAGUUCAUCAUGCACUUCAAUAGAAAUCAAUUGAUGUCCUUUC